CGGUGCACCGCAGCCAUGGUGAGCGAAUCCCCAGGACCCGGCACCCGGGUCCCUUGGCGGCGAAGUGACGAGGCUCUGCGCGUGAACGUGGGCGGCGUGCGGCGGCGGCUGAGCGCACGCGCCCUGGCGCGCUUCCCGGGCACGCGGCUGGGUCGCCUGCAGGCUGCGACGUCCGAGGAGCAGGCACGACGCCUGUGCGAUGACUACGACGCGGCGGCGCGCGAGUUCUACUUUGACCGGCACCCGGGCUUCUUCCUGGGCCUGCUGCACUUCUACCGCACCGGCCACCUGCACGUCCUCGACGAGCUGUGCGUGUUCGCCUUCGGCCAGGAGGCCGACUACUGGGGCCUGGGCGAGAGCGCCCUGGCCACGUGCUGCCGCGCGCGCUACCUGGAGCGGCGCGUGGUGCGGCCGCGCGCCUGGGACGAGGACAGUGACACGCCGAGCAGCGUGGACCCGUGCCCAGACGAGAUCUCCGACGUGCAGCGCGAGCUGGCGCGCUACGGGGCGGCGCGCUGCGGCCGCCUGCGCCGCCGCCUGUGGCUCACCAUGGAGAACCCGGGCUAUUCGCUGCCCAGCAAGCUCUUUAGCUGCGUCUCCAUCGGCGUGGUGCUCGCCUCCAUCGCCGCCAUGUGCAUCCACAGCCUGCCCGAGUACCAGGCCCGCGAGGCGGCAGCCGCUGUGGCGGCGGUGGCCGCGGGCCGCGGCGCGGAGGGCGUGCGCGAUGACCCGGUGCUGCGGCGCCUCGAGUACUUCUGCAUCGCCUGGUUCAGCUUCGAGGUGUCGUCGCGCCUCCUGCUGGCGCCUAGUACGCGCAACUUCUUCUGCCACCCGCUCAACCUCAUUGACAUUGUGUCGGUGUUGCCCUUCUAUCUCACGCUGCUGGCCGGCGCGGCGCUCCGAGACCGAGGCGGUGCAAGCGGCGAGGAGCUGGGCGACCUGGGCAAAGUGGUGCAGGUGUUCCGUCUCAUGCGCAUCUUCCGCGUACUCAAGUUGGCGCGCCACUCCACCGGGCUGCGCUCGCUGGGCGCCACGCUCAAGCACAGCUACCGUGAGGUGGGCAUCCUGCUGCUGUACCUUGCCGUGGGGGUGUCCGUGUUCUCCGGCGUGGCCUACACAGCCGAGAAGGAGGAGGAUGUGGGCUUUGACACGAUCCCAGCCUGCUGGUGGUGGGGCACAGUGAGCAUGACCACCGUGGGCUACGGGGAUGUGGUCCCAGUGACGGUGGCUGGCAAGCUGGCAGCCUCAGGCUGCAUCCUGGGGGGCAUCCUGGUGGUGGCACUCCCCAUCACCAUCAUCUUCAACAAGUUCUCCCACUUCUACCGGCGCCAGAAGGCUCUGGAGGCCGCCGUGCGCAACAGCGACCACCAGGAGUUUGAGGAUUUGCUGAGCAGCAUUGAUGAGGUGUCAGAGGCGUCUCUGGAGACAUCCCGUGAGACCUCCCAGGAAGGAAGAUCUGAAGACCUGGGGGCCCAGGCCUCCAAAGGGCCUCCAAACUCUCAGGUUUAUUAAAACCAGGGUUCCAUGCCCCCACUCCCACCCCCUACAUUCAGCUGAAAUGGAGCAGAGAUUCCUGCACUGCUUAAGUUCUCCCUGGAAGCAUCACCUCGCAGGAUCAUUCAUUUUGGCCUCAAAAAUGGCACAGGAGGCUGGGUCCUUUCCUUCAAAGAU